GUUUUUCCCCGACCUCGAUCGUAUGAAAUAGAAUCGAAAACACGCCAUGAAGAUCCUCGUCUGCCUGUCAGCGCUCAUCGCUUCGGCAGUUGGUCGCUACGCUUACAGGUUCUCAGAUGGGUACCUGGAUAUUCUAGGGGGCGAACCCGACCGAGUUUUUGACUGCACGGGACGCCCCUAUGGUUACUACGCUGACGUCGCCACCAGUUGCCGGGUCUUCCACAUCUGCCUGCCAAUACCCAACGCGGCUGGGGACGUCGUCGACAUGGCGCAGUACUCCUUCUUCUGCGGGAACCAGACGGUCUUCAGCCAGGAUUCCCUCACUUGCGCUCACCCUCAGUUUGCCUUCCCCUGCGAGGAAUCGGAGCUUCUCUUUGACAUCUCCAACGCUGAUUUUGGUGUCAUACCUGAUAAGGACGAAAACAGUGGCGAUUUUGGCAGGAGGACGCCAAACGCUGGAACCACCAACGACAAUUUCGGCAGAAGUGUAGCAGUUGCUGGAACUGCUGGCAGUGAUUUAAGAAGUGGGGCACCUAAUGAUGGAACUACCAACAGCGAGAGUGGGACAACCUUUAGUGUUGGAGCUUCUAGCAGUGAUUUCAGCAGUGAGACACCUAAUGCUGGAAUUGUAAACAGCGAGAGCGGGACAACUUUUAGUGAUGCAACUGCCAGCAGUGAUUUAAGCAGUGGAACACCUAGUACUGGAACUGGUAGCAGCAAUUUAAGCAGUGGAACAUCUAAUGCUGGAACUGCUAGCAGCAAUUUAAUCAGCGGAACACUUAAUGCUGGAACUGCUAGAAGCAAUCUAAGCAGCGGAACACCUAAGGCUGGAACUGCCAGCAGCAAUUUAAUCAGUGGGACACCUAGUACUGAAACCGGUACCAGCAAUUUAAGCAGUGGAACACCUAAUGCUGGAACUGCUAUAAGUAAUUUAAGCAGUGGAACACCUAGUGCUGGAACUGCUAGCAUCAAUGUAAUCAGCGGAACACCUAAAGCUGGAACUGCUAGCAGCAAUUUAAUCAGUGGGACACCAAAUACUGGAACUGGGACUACUAGAGGCAGUUUAAUCAGUGGAACAUCUAAUGCUGGAACUGCUAGGAGCAAUUUAGUCAGUGGAACACCUAGUUAUGGAACUGCCAGCAGCGAGAGCAGGGCAACCUUAAGUGCUGGAACUGCUGGCAGCAAUUUAAUCAUUGGGAUACUUAAUGCAGAAACUGCAGGCAACAAUGUAAUCAGUAGACCUCCUAGUGUUGGAACUGCUAGCAGCCAUUUAAACAGUAUUACAUCUAGAGCUGGAACUGGUGGCAGCAAUAUAAGCAGUGGUACACCUAGUCAUGGAACUGCUAGCAGUGAGAGUCAGACAACCUACGGUGCUGGAACUGCUGGCAGCAAUUUAAGCAGUAGUACGACUAAUGGUGGAAGUGCUGGCAGCAAUUUAAUCAGUAGGACACCUAGUGUUGGAACUGGUAGCAGCCAGAGUAGUGGUACCUUUGUUGCUGGAACUAUAAGUAGCAAUUCAAACAGUAUUACAUCUAGUGCUGGAACUGCUGGCAGCAAUUUAAGCAGUGGUACACCUAGUUAUGGAACUGCUAGCAGCGAGAAUAGGACAACCUAUGGUGUUAGAACUACUGGUAGCAAUUUAACCAGUAGGACACUUAUUGCUGGAACUGCUGGCAGCCAGAGUAGGGCAACCUUUAGUGCUGGAACUGCUGGUAGCAAUUUAAGCAGUGGUACACUUUUAGCUGAAACUGCUGGCAUCGAGUUCGGCAGAAAAACGCCUAUUCCUGGAACUGCUAGCAGCGAAAGCACGAGCGCCAUUAUUGCUGGAACAGCUAGCAGUGGUGUAAGCAGGGGGUCACAUGAUGCUGAUACUGCAAACGAAGAGGUUGGCAGGACUUUCGAAGCAGAGGAUACUUUUUUAGUAUUAGUGGCUGAAGGAGACGUUGAUGGUAUUAAUCAGGAUCUUAAAAAGGAAAGCAGCGCUUAUCUGGCUGAUCCUACCAGGCCUGCCAGCAACGAUGCCAACACAUAUCUAUCGAAUCCAGACGAAACUAAUUUGUUUUUACCCGAUCCUGAAGCGACUGACGUUCAUAUAGAUAUAGUUGAGGAUGAAUAAUAUAGUUUGCCAAAACGUUUUGUUUGGUCGAUUGUAAAAAUUUUUUGUAUAUUGUUUCAUUUUCUUUCUUCUAA